AUGUCAAUAAAGGAAACGCCUUCAAGGGUCACUGCGAAUGCAUUGUCAAGUUUAGAAUUGAAGGAUGCAAAGAAAAAUAUAGCGUCCGCUUUAGAGAAAGAUAAUGGUAAAAAACCUGAGUUGAAGAAUUCCAAAACUGAUGAGCACAGAGAGUUUAUGAAGUCUCAUAGUGUACAUCGUCAUAAAUUAAAGCAGUUGGAACAGGAUGAACCGCUUUUAAAGGAAAAUAAACGUCGAUUUGUGAUGUUCCCCAUUAAAUAUCACGAUAUAUGGGAUGCAUAUAAGAGAGCUGAAGCUUCAUUUUGGACUGCUGAAGAAAUAGAUUUGUCUAAAGAUUUGCAUGACUGGAAUAAUCGGAUGACAGAUAAUGAACGUUUUUUUAUUUCAAGAGUAUUGGCUUUUUUCGCAGCAUCGGACGGGAUUGUUAACGAGAACUUGGUAGAGAAUUUUUCCGCAGAGGUGCAAAUUCCAGAAGCUAAGUGUUUCUAUGGGUUCCAAAUUAUGAUGGAGAAUAUUCACUCAGAGACUUAUUCGCUUUUAAUUGACACAUAUAUCAAGGAUCCAAAGGAGGCCGAGUUUCUUUUCAAUGCUAUUGAAACGAUCCCUGAGAUCAAGGAAAAGGCCGACUGGGCUAUAAGGUGGAUUGAGGAUGAAGACGCACUUUUCGGAGAGAGGUUAGUUGCAUUUGCGGCUAUUGAAGGUAUAUUCUUCUCUGGUUCGUUUGCAGCCAUCUUCUGGUUAAAAAAGAAGGGCCUGAUGCCGGGUUUGACAUUUUCUAAUGAAUUGAUUUGUAGAGAUGAGGGGCUGCAUACUGACUUCGCCUGUCUACUAUUCUCUCAUCUAAAGAACAAGCCAGACCCAAAGAUUCUUGAGAAAAUCAUUACUGAAGCUGUCGAUAUCGAAAAGAGAUAUUUUACUGAUGCUAUUCCAGUUGCACUAUUGGGUAUGAAUGCCGGCCUAAUGAAUCAAUAUGUCGAAUUUGUUGCUGAUCGACUACUUGUCGCGCUUGGCAACCCAAAGAUCUACAAUGUGACUAACCCAUUCGACUUCAUGGAGAACAUCUCACUCGUCGGUAAGACCAACUUUUUCGAAAAGAGGGUUUCCGACUACCAAAAAGCAGGCGUCAUGGCGAAAUCUUCUAAUCAAGAAUCUGAGAACGGCGCUUUCACUUUUGAUGAGGAUUUUUAA